AUGAUAUAAUCUCGUGCGUUUAUUUCCAGAGCUGUGGGGGCUGCUUUUUGUUGCUCUUGUUUUUGCUCUCGUUGACGCGAAUGAGCGAUUGAUACGCUUCGGUCCACCGGGAUUUGCCAGGCUUUAUUACAGUGUGCUGAGCGAAUGCUCGGGUCGAUAGUAGUCGGGGAUUCGGUCUUUUUGUAAGCUGAAUUUUUUUUCUGUACUCGUCAGUUGUGCGUGAUUGUCAGGCGGGCGGUGUGCAUCGUCGCGAGUGUUUAUACCCUGCGAUAAUGAGAUUUUAUCGAGAGAAGACAGCUACAGUUAGUUGAAUUUUGAGGAAAGUGCAGUUUAAUAGUAACGCAAGAUGGAUGUAAAAGGACGCGUCGCCCUGGUUACAGGAGCAGCUACCGGCAUAGGCAGGAGCUAUGCCGAGGAAUUGAUGAACCACGGUGCAAAGGUCUCGAUAUGUGAUAUAAACGCGGAAGAGGGGGAGAAGCUCUAUCACACCCUGGCUUCCCGACACGGAAAGGACCGAGUCUUGUUUUGCCAAUGCGAUGUCACCGACUACCCUCAGUUCGAAGAGGCUUUCAAAACCACGAUCGCCACAUUUGGUCACAUCGACAUUGUUAUUAACAACGCGGGUAUCAUGAACGACAGAUUUUGGGAGCUGGAAGUUGACAUAAAUCUUAACGGCGUAAUCCGCGGCACACUAUUGGCUCAGCGCUUUCUGGGUAUCGACAAGGGUGGAAGAGGCGGUGUGGUCGUAAACACCGGAAGUAACGUCAGCUUCAAUCCAUACGUGAGCGUUCCCAUUUACUCGGCUACCAAAGCCGCAAUUGUCAGUCUCACAAGAGCUUUUGGAGAUCAGUAUCACGUCGGCCUGACGGGGGUAAGGGUAAUAGCAAUUUGCAUGGGAGCCACGAAGAGCAAUUUGGUUCGCGACGUCAGUAAGCAACUUUUGUCACCUCGUUACGAGGACGCUUGGCGUCGAGACACUGCGAAUUCUGGAUCUCAGACAUCAGAGCAUGUAGCAAAGUCGCUAAUUCACGUACUGUCGAGCGGCAAAAGCGGCAGUGUCUGGCUCGUGGAACACGGACAGCCGGCUCGGGAGAUAACUUUCUCGAAACAUUGAGUUGCUUACGUAUGCGCCAGCCCAAUCUCCACAGAUACAAUAUUAUACUCACACACACGUACACAUACAAGUUUACGCCGCAGUCGUCCGAACCAAGAAAGAAUUUUGAAAUCUUUAUACCGUCAUGGACGCUUCCUCGCAUCAGCCCAACUAUGCCGUACCAGGAAAAAUUUUCUCUAUGAUACACGUUUUUUAUGCUAAUUAAAGUAACGGUAGUAACGAAUAUUGAUAAUAUAUUUACAAGGAAGAUAAUAUAACGUUUAAGAAAUAUUUUAACUGCGAUUCGUAUGAGAAUAAAAAUCAUGUGAUGAUGAUAACUGCCACACAAUGUUAGGUGCAGGGUUGAAAAUCGUUAAAAAGCGUCACAUAUCUUUCAUUAAGUUUUUGAUAAAAUUUAUCGAGCCAUUCGAAAUUAUUGCUGUCCAGACUUGCAAAAUUUGCAAAUGAUUUCAUCAUAAAAUUUUCAACUGCAAUACUAUAAGCCAAAGCCGUAGCUCUAUUGAUUCUUAUAAAUAUCUUUACGUGAUUGAAGUGCUAUAUAUUAUAAAAAUACUUAUAUUUAGAAAGUCAAGGAUAACGUGUUCAAUGAAAGCAUUUUACGGAAUAAACACAUGCAGUGCGAUAUAUUUAUAGGUAAUGAUUCAGUAUAUUAGGAUUUUCAACCUUCGCAUCAAUUUGAAAUCGCGUAUGUCCACGGCUUUCGAGAUACAAAGACGUGCGCGCACACAUAACGUUUGUGACAUUUGAUAUUUAACUGUUGGUCGCAUAUAUACGUGAGGCCAGGAUGAGAAAUAUUUUAUCAUAUUGCACGAUCGACCGAACGAUAAUAACUACAUCGUCGUCCUUGUGCGCAAUGAAAAUAUAAAGAGUAGUGCAUUGCGAUUAUUAUUGUAACAGCGAAUCAUCCAUUAAUCAGGACGUAAUAAUGUAUUUUGUAACGAUAAAUUCCCGUUUGUGGGAACCGAUUUAAAAUUUUUUAAUCGCGCCAAGUUUGUAUAACACAAGAGUGAAAAUAUAUAAGCAAUCGAGUCUUCGAGAUAGUUUUUAACGUCGCUUUUUGCAGAUUUUAUUCAUAAGUUGCUUUUGUACUGCGAUUUGCCGAAACUGAAAUAAUAUUUGCUUUGAGGUUUAGCGGAGUUUUACGCAGAAAAGCAUUUACAUAAUGUAUGCACAGUCACAACUGUAUAAUCAGUCGAUCUACAGAGCCAAAAUGCAUAGCGAUUUCUGCGUGAAACUAUAUUGGUAAACCAUUUCGAAACUCAGCACAAUGCUUCUCUAAAAAUAUUAAAAUCAAAACAAGCGUAAUCAUAAAAACUCUUUUUAUAGAAUUAUAUCGUUUCACUCGAAAAAUGGACGCACAAACGUUUUUGAACAAUCAUACUGUACUCGACGAAGUAGAUAUAACUAUAACUAUUUUUAUCGCGUAUUUUCAUUCGAGAUAUUUUUUAUAGAAGAAGCUUACUUUCAAAGCUUAUAAGCUCUGCUGUGUACUGUAUAUUAAAUAUGUAUAUCAUGAUUUGCCGUUCCUCUCAGCUAGCAAAAGAUUGAUAUAAGAAAAACGCGACGAUUUUCCGUCUACAACGCGGCCAAUUGUUGUCUGCUGUGGCUAUGUCUAUUAUUUUUUAGCGAAUUUAUAUUUACAAGGGAAACGUUUUUUUCUCUUAUUAUAUUGAAUCUCUAUAUUUUACGGAAAAUGUAGAUGCUUCCAUGCAAAUGGCGCACGCGAUAAGUGUUUUAUAUGACUGUUGCAAAUGUGUAAAAAAAAUAAAGAUUGGUUGACACGUACGUAUUUUUUGGCAUGAGUUCGUUUAAGCAAUUUAUUCGUGCAAGUACGAUUACAUUGUGAAAAUUAAAAAUACUAAAGUGUUAGGUGCUAAAAGACAUGGGACAUGAAAAAAAUUCAAGUUUGAGAAUAAGAAAAAUAAUUAACGCGAAUUAAAGAUAUUUAACAAAGCCUAAAUGUUUAAUUGAAAUUGUUGAGUUUUAUAAUUGAAUUGUUGACUUUUCGUUUUAGCUAUAUUAUAUAUAUGUAAUAUGCCAUUAUGUUUUACUGCGCUCGUAUGAUAUUACUGCAAGCCUUGAAUAAAAACGCAUUAGCUUUACUUGAA